AUUGAAAUGUGUAGGGGAGAGAGGCGCAGGCGAGGCGGACGGGGCGCCCAGUGAUGGUCACAUUGGCACACUGCGCUCCCACAGAGCGGGGCAGGAGGGUGUGAGUGAGGGGCUGGGGGCACAGGGAAGCGGCAUGCAGGGCGGGAGAGCCUGAGCCAGCAGAGUGCCACACACACUGCCCGAUACACUGCAAGGGACUACGGGACACCCCCUUGGGCAGGGCGCAAGAGACUGUGAGAGGGCACUGCCCAGGGAUGGAUCGGUAGGCAGAGCUGCCAUAGUGCCUGUGUGUGGGGGCACCCCUGUGGAUUACUGCGCUUCUGUACUGAGGAUGGAUCCAUUCAGUUAGAGGGACCGGAUCAUUUUGCAGAAGGUGCGCACAGCCCAAAGACGGAUGAAAGGCAAGAGCAGUUUCUAAUCCCUGCAUUAAGGACAAAUGAACCCCCAGAUACUGAUUUCCUGCCCUUGGAAUUCACUGUCUCUCUCUCAUCUUUUUGUCAACACGGUGAUGUAGUGCCGUGUAUCUGGGUUAAUUUCCUCCAUGACACUCAGUGAUGGCACUUCGGUAUCCGAGCCAUAUAAAUUACAGCGAGACGGUCUGCAGAAGCUUAAUGGAAGGUGGCUGUGCCAUUGAGCGGAGAACACUAAUGAGUCUCACUGAGUGAUAUAUGAAUGAUCACCAUGCCUCCAGGAACGCUGCUUCUUGCCGCCUUGUGUCUCCUCGGGACGCCAGUCUCUGGGACCAUCCCGUACGUUGCUUUUGUACAGAACAACACAAUAUUCAACCACCUUACCCUGGAUGCCAACACAGGGACCUUGUAUGUCGGGGCUACAAACUCCCUUUACCAGCUGACUGAAAACUUAGCUGUGGAAAUGUUGGUCAGGACUGGGCCAGUUUGGGACAGCAAGGAAUGUCUACCCCCUGUGUCCACAGACUGCCCCCAAGCACAGAACACAAACAAUCACAACAAACUCCUGCUCGUGGUCCCCAGCAAAAGGGAACUUAUAGUCUGUGGAAGUGUCUACCAAGGAAUCUGCGAAUCAAGACGCUUGGGGUCCGUCCAAACGGUUCUCUUCAGGCCAGAGAGGCCGGUUGACACCCAAUACGUUGCUGCCAAUGACCCCAAUGUUACCACGGUUGGCCUAGUUGCACUUUCUAAAGAUGGAUCCCCUCUUUUGUUUGUGGGGCGGGGCUACACAAGUAAGGGGGCGGGUGGCAUCCCUCCAAUUACCACUCGGAACUUGGAGGUGGGCGGUGACAGUGAAAUGGAGUCCCACUCGGUCUUCUCCUAUGAAGAUACGGCCAAACUGGCUGUGGUAGGGCGGCUGUCAGAGUACAACCACCAUUUCAUUAAGGCUUUUACCCAUAAGUCCAACGUUUACUUCCUGUUCUAUCGUAGGGAUCUUAAAUCGCAGUCCAGAGAAUACAAAACCUACAUUUCCCGCAUAUGCCCCAACGACUCCCACUAUUAUUCCUAUGUAGAACUGCCUCUGAGCUGCCGAACUAAGGAUAAAAGUUACAACCUUCUUCAGGCGGCCUACGUCACUCAGCCUGGGGAGAGGCUGGCAAAGGGCGUGUUGAAAACCGAUGGGGACGUCCUGUUUGCAGCAUUCUCCCAGUGGCAGGCCGCAUCUGGAAAGGUGGGCGAGGAGUCUGGCUUGUGCUUAUACUCUAUGGAUCUUAUAGAUCGGUUAAUUAAUCAGACGAGGGACACCUGCUACACCAAGGAUGGCAAAGCCGAGGACGGGCGUGAGGUGGCGUACAUUGAAUACGAUGUGAAGUCCAACUGUGUCCAGUUGCCGUCUGAUACUCUCGAUGCCUAUCCGUGUGGCUCGGAUCAUACACCCAGCCCAAUGGCAAGCAAGGACCCCCUGGAAGCCACACCCCUGUUUGAGAGCGCUACGACUCGUUUCACCGCCAUUGCUGUGCACGUGGAGGGGGAGCACACUAUCGCUUUCAUUGGAGACAGCAAAGGAUACCUUAACAAGGUGUAUCUGGGAGGGGAGCAGGACACGCGGCAGUAUUCCUCUGUGGGCACCCAAUCAAACUCGGCCGUUUUGCCGGAUCUUUUAUUCGACCAGGAGGAGAAGCACCUGUAUAUCCUGACUCAGUCCACGGUAAUGAAAGUGCCACUUUCCGAAUGUUCCACGUUUACUGACUGUGAUUCCUGUCUGUCUGCCGGGGAUCCCUACUGCGGCUGGUGUGUGCUUUAUGGCAAGUGCAGCAGGAGCUACGAGUGUCUGCGCUCGGGGCAGAAGAACCAGUGGCUCUGGGCUUACGAUCAGAACCAGCAGUGUCUGGCAGUCCAGUCUCUGAGCCCAGCAAACAUCAGCAAAGAAGAAAAGAGGAAUAUUUUCCUGUCUAUCCCUGAUUUACCGGCCCUGGAACACGAAGAGUCUUAUUCCUGCUUCUUUGAAGAUUUUGAGAGCCGCGCGGUUAUAAGAGACACUGGAGUUAUGUGCCCAUCUCCCGACCCGAGCAAGACCCCCGCGAUCAAGCCUGGAACAGAUCAUGUACAGGUGAAGCUCGUUCUGCGCUUCGGAGAGGUGACCAUAUGCAGCACGGAGUUCACCUUUUAUGACUGCAUGGCCGUGGCCCAGCUUUAUAAGAAUGCUCCGUGCCGUGGUUGUGUGAGCAGUGACUGGGGCUGUAACUGGUGCAUCCAGCAGCAUCACUGCACUCAUAAAGCUACGUGCGAGGAGGGCACCAUUAUCUACAACAAGCUGACUCAGAUUCCUUUCCUGGACCCAACCAUUCCGCCAGAAGUUCCCUUCGAACUGACCACCACCGUUGUUCUUUCCACCGUUGUUUCUGAAACAAGUCCAAGUGAAGCCCCAGUGACCACUGCAAGUCCCACACCAAGCACUACUACAUUUACAACUAUCCCAGAGACCUCGCCUACAACAUUCCCACCAACCACCAUCCCAACUACUUUGCCUGUUACUACUCCAGCUACUACUCCAACUACUGUUCUACAGCCUGAUCCAAGCACAGCCAUAUUGGACCUUGCCACAGAAGACACCAUUCCAGAUAUCACAAUGGAACCUUCCACAGAAGAACCAACGAGCCGUCCCACAACAAUCCCAACCACCAUGUUUGUAGAUAUUGCCACAAGCCCCCCAGUCACAGAUAACGAAUAUGAAGAAUUCACAGAAGAAAGCGUGCUCCCAGAACUGGUAACUACAGAAGGUUCCACUACAUUUUAUAUGACCACAACACCAGUCCCUGUUCCUCCACCAACCACUCCUGAAACACAAGAGGAACAUCCAUGGGUGCCCACGAUCCUCCAUCCUACUCAGGAAGAAUUGACUUCUACUGGCCAGCCCAUCACAACCCCUAACCAGGCGUCUAGCGUCUCCUCCUUGCCUGGCUCUCCUGAUGAGUUUCACAGUGAAAUCCCUUUCUCCGAAGAGCCACCUACAGUUCCCUCCGAGGAUGGCACAGAGGAAAACUUGGACCAAACGGAGGCAGAUGAUUGGGCAGACUCAGCCAGUAUGGACAAUGAUACCUCAUCCUUUUCAGCUUCUACUAUCCUUUCUGGAGAUGGGGAGAGUGACGGAGUCUCGCCAAGUUUCCCUGGUAUCCUUGAGCCUGACCUGGAUUAUCAGUUUGAUUCUCCGGGACUCUUUGAAAUGGAUGAAGAAGAGCUGAUAUGGGGCCCGGAGGCCUGCCCGUGCGUGGAAAGUAUCCAGAGUGCCUCCCUGCUGCCUGUCAACGUAGAAAGGAAAAUCACAUUGGUUGGAAAGAACUUCCAUCAUUACCAGGACCAGCAGAUGGACUAUGACUGUGUUCUGCUGCUGGAGGGUAGAACCGUGGUCACUGACGCUGUGUUGGAACUGGACCCCGAGGAGGAAUCCAAGUAUUAUAUUACGUGCCAGCUGCACCAGUACAGUUACUCUGCGCUGCAGUUGGAGUUUAACGCCAUGGUGUUUGUGCGGAUACAGAGUUACCUGCGAGUGGACAGCGCAGAAGAUCUCUAUGUGACUCUGUACAACUGCUCAGUGGGGCACCCAGACUGCAGCCGCUGCCAGACGGCCGACCCCAAGUACAACUGCGUGUGGUGCGGAGGGAGCCACCCAAACUGUAUGUACCAGGAGACAUGCAAGGAGAAGGUGGAGGGAACCUGCCCGGCCCCACUUAUCCAUUCGAUCGAACCCCUGUCCGGUCCCAUGGAAGGUGGAACCAGAAUCACCAUAACUGGAUCCAACUUGGGACAGAAGCUGGAGGACAUAGUGGACACUGUGACUGUAGCAGGAAUUCAAUGCCAGGUUGAUCUCCUACGAUAUGAGAUUUCCAGCAGAAUUGUGUGUGUGAUUGCAAGCAGCUUGACUGAGAGACUGGGCCACGUGGCUGUGGAAGUUCCUGGUGGAGGCCACGGCAUUUCCAGCCAAGUCUUUUCCUAUCAGAACCCUGUACUGCACUCUUUUUCCCCAACUCGUGGCCCAAAAUCUGGAGGAACCCGACUAACCCUUACAGGGACCAAGCUUCUGACUGGCCGGCCCAGUGACAUCACUGUUCUGAUUGGAGAUAUUCCAUGUCACAUUUACUCAGAGAUGCAGGAGAACAUGCUGGAAUGUCUGACUGGAUCCAGUAACAGCACCGCAGACUUGCAAGUAACCAUUAAGUAUGGGGACCAAGUGCUGAGAACCUACGAGUCUCCCUUCACUUACACUGCUGAUCCAAACAUCACCUCAGCGAGCCCAGCCAAGAGCUUCAUCAGUGGAGGACGCAUGAUAUUUGUAUCUGGACAGAAUCUGGAUGUGGUGCAGGCCCCAAAGAUACGGGUAACUGUGUCACCGAGAGAGAGACGUCGGAAACGCAGCCUUAGUCGCCAUCGGCGUAUUGUCCCCGAGACAGAAUGUCCGGAGAAUGCCCUGUGCACUGUGGAGAAGUUUGAAGAGUUGUGUUUGAUCAACUCAUCGUUCUUGCUCCUUUGCAAAACUCCAGCCAUUAACCGUUUGCACUGGAACUCGCGAGUGGACGUCGAGUUCAUUCUGGAUAAUCUGCACUUCAACUUCGGCGCCAUUAAUUCAGUUCCUUUCACCUACGAGCCAGACCCGGUGCUCAAACAGUUGAAUCCCGAGGAUCCGGUGAAACCCUAUCGGCAUAAGCCUGGCAGUGUCAUCUCUGUAGAGGGAGAGAAUUUGGACUUGGCCAUCACCAAAGAUGAAAUGGUUGCAAUGAUUGGAGACGGGGUGUGUAUGGUGAAGACCCUCACAAGGAACCAUCUGUAUUGCGAGCCCCCUGAGAAACAGCCCGCUCCUCGCCAGCCUCAGAAAAGAGAAGGGGUGGACUCUCUGCCAGAGUUUACAGUACAGAUUGGGAGAAUGUACCUCGUCCUGGGGAAGGUGCAGUAUGACACGGAGAGCCAGCUAACGUUCCCCCUGGAAGCUCAGAUCGGCCUGGGAGUUGGCACGUCCUUUGUGGCCUUGAUUGUCCUCAUCAUAGUCUUGAUUUACAGGCGGAAGAGCAAGCAGGCCCUGCGGGAUUACAAGAAAGUCCAAAUCCAAUUGGAGAACCUGGAAACUAGUGUCAGAGAUCGCUGCAAGAAGGAAUUCACAGACUUGAUGACAGAGAUGAUGGACCUUACAAGUGACUUGGUGGGCACCGGGAUCCCAUUCCUGGAUUACAAAUCAUACGCAGAGAGGAUUUUCUUCCCUGGUCACCGCGAGUCGCCAUUGCAGAGAGACUUGGAUGUCCCAGAAGGCCGGCGCCAGACAGUAGAACAGGGCUUGGUCCAGCUCUCCAACCUUCUGAACAGCAAGCUCUUUCUUACCAAGUUUAUUCACACCCUGGAAAGCCAACGCACAUUUUCAGCAAGAGACCGUGCCUACGUGGCAUCUCUCCUAACUGUAUCUCUGCAUGGGAAGCUGGAAUACUUCACUGACAUCUUAAAGACCCUCCUGAAUGAUCUGGUGGAACAGUAUGUGGCCAAGAACCCAAAGCUGAUGCUUAGAAGGACAGAGACAGUGGUGGAGAAGCUGCUGACCAACUGGAUGUCCAUCUGUCUAUAUACGUUUGUGAGGGAUUCAGCUGGAGAACCACUUUAUAUGUUGUUCCGUGGGAUAAAGCACCAGGUGGAUAAAGGACCAGUGGACUGUGUGACGGGGAAGGCUAAGUACACUCUGAAUGACAACCGCCUCCUGAGGGAUGAUGUAGAAUACAAAACUCUGACGCUGAAUGCAAUCAUGCAAACCAACACGGGCAUCACUUGUGAAGAGGAAGCACAAGGGUUGCCGGUGAAAUUGCUCGACUGCGACACCAUCACUCAAGUGAAAGAAAAGAUCCUUGACCAGAUAUACAAGGGAACCCCGUACUGUAAUCGACCAAACCCCGAAGCGCUAGACUUGGAAUGGAGAUCAGGGUUGGCCGGUCAUCUGAUACUUUCCGAUGAAGAUCUGACGUCAGUGGUGCAUGGGUCGUGGAAAAGAGUGAACACAUUGCAACAUUACAAGGUUCCAGAUGGAGCGACAGUGGCUUUGGUGCCCCGUCUGAGCAAGCACAUCCACCCAGAAAACCACGAUUACAUCCCAGGAGAGAAGACCCCCAUGCUGGAAGAUUCAGACGAGGGUGGGGUACGGGUUUGGCACCUCGUUAAACCGACAGAUGAACCAGAACUUCCGAAACACAGACGGGGAAGUCUACGAGACAGAGAGCGUGCCAAAGCUAUUCCCGAAAUCUACCUGACUCGCCUGCUCUCAAUGAAGGGGACUCUACAGAAGUUUGUGGACGACCUUUUCCAGGUGAUACUCAGCACCAGCCGGCCCGUUCCCCUCGCUGUCAAGUAUUUCUUCGAUCUAUUGGAUGAGCAGGCCAUCAGCCAUGGUAUCAACGACCCAGAGACCAUCCACAUAUGGAAAACAAACAGUUUGCCAUUGAGGUUUUGGAUCAACAUCAUCAAAAACCCCCAGUUUGUAUGCGACGUGCAGACAUCGGACAACGUGGACGCCGUGCUGUCGGUCAUUGCACAAACCUUCAUGGAUUCUUGCACUAUCGCUGAUCACAAGUUAGGAAGGGAUUCCCCCAUAAACAAGUUGCUGUAUGCCAGAGACAUCCCACGGUACAAGCAGAUGGUAGAGAGGUACUAUUCGGAUAUCCGGCAAACCAUCUCCGCCAGUGACCAGGAGAUGAAUUCAGCACUAGCGGAACUUUCCAGGAAUUGCUCAGGGGAACUCAAUUCUUUGGUGGCUCUACACGAACUCUACAAGUAUAUCAAUAAAUACUAUGAUCAGAUUAUAGAAGCACUGGAAGAGGACCCGACGGCCCAGAAGAUGCAGUUGGGCUACAGACUCCAGCAGAUCGCUGCCGCCGUGGAGAAUAAAGUAACUGACUUGUGACCAAGACUCAAAGACUUGUAUAUUUGUGGCCAAACAGACCCUUGCACAGAGCUCUCCGCCCGACGGCCUCGCCGCCCCCCAGAUGUCACCACACUGGCGCGGCUGAGCUGACAAUACGCUGAUGGCGGAAGCGCACACAGAAGGCGAUUGUUCGUGAAACAGAAAAUAUUUUUUAUACUUUUUUUUUUUUUUUAAUGAACACGAUUAACUUUUUUUGGUUUUUUGGUUUUUAAGUCCCAGGAAUGGGAUAGUGUAGUUGUUCUGGAUGUUGGACAUGGCCAGGAUAGCGAUAUCUUCCCACGUGCCAAGUCUAUGUAUCCCCUUUGUACCCUGCACAGUGGGACGCAGUUUGGGACAAUGCUGGGUGGGGGUCACCUGACUGGCUGAAGAAGCGGCGCAGCGUGCGCUGCCAAUCUAAUGAAGUCACCGAAUCGGCUCCCUGAGGGUUCUAGAGUGUUCUAGACUGUCUCUGCUGCCAAUCAGCUAUAAGUAUGGGCACUGUAGAUGCUACGUGUGAUCUUCUGUCUUCAUUUGACUGUCCCGUCGUUAUGUCGUGUCUCUGUGUGCUUGCUGAACCCUCACACUGACCAGUAACUAACUCGCUGUAGGACAGGGAUACUGAGGAUAGGCCCGACCUCCUUCUCUCCAUCAUUUUCAUUCGUAAUAGUGCAAAACGAGCGACGUUCCAAUCAUGUUGCUUUGUAUGGACCCCUUACCCUGUUUCCUUCAUUCCCUUCAUUCAACCAACGCUAUGAGCCAAGCUGGUGGGAAACUGUAGGAACCACGGAACGAUCGUCUCCACCAGCACCGUUGGGUCCAUUCUCGCUCAAUGCAUCUUCCACCGCUGCACUAAACCGAGCUAGCCGCCUAUUUAUUAGCCUAACGGACGAGUCUAAUUUAGCACUGUUAGAAACUCUCUUUAUGUUAUAGGGCGACGCUGCCCCCCCCCCUCUGUAGAACCCCACGUCUUGUGGCUUGUUUGCUGCUUUCAACUGGACCUGUAAAUAUGGUAGUAAUGAAAGAAGAUAUUUAAAUACUAAAGGAGAACUGUAAUUUAUUUUCAAAGACCACGGGCUACUCUGGGCAACCGCCGCCUUUUCUAUUUCCCCUCGACGUUCGGGCGCAGGACCCCCAUGUUUUAUUCCUUAAGGAAUUGGAAAUUCACCGUCGGACUAACCCGAAUAAAAAGAAAUUCCCCCCGCCCCAAGGAAUAUCUUAAGGAAUAGUCUAAUAACAAUCUAUAGGCAAUGCUCAGAAAGGUACAGAUCUGUGAAAUUAAAAAAAAGAAAACAUGAAUGUAAAAAAAAAAAAAAUAACUAGGAGAAAUAAUUUUAAUGAGAAAAAGUAGUUCUUUCACAGAUUACUUAAUAAACUUUAAUAUGUCUA